GGGUGGAAAUGGUGACUUGGGUGGAAAUGGUGACGGAGAUGAUGUGGUGCAGGCCCGGAAGGGCGGAAGCUGGGAGGGUAAAAUUAGUAAGUCCAUGGCUGAGGCCCUUGGGCCUAACUGUCAGGGUCAGACACUCCUUGGAAUGCUAGCUGCUGCUGCCACUUCCCCUCCAAGUCUUCUGGUAGGAGGCUGGAAGAAAAAGGUGGAGGGAAACCCUGUUUUCCUGAGGCCCCUUCCCUACCCUCAGUCACACUCUUCUCAGUAACAUUUCAGCAGCAAACAGGAAGUUUUCGACCUUAGUGAGAGUUGGCCAAGGGAUGGCAUUUAGGUACAUAUUAGUACAAGGAGGUCAUUGAACACAUUUCUCAAGUACCAAAGAUGUGAGCCAGGAAGAGAGGGAUGGGCCAGGGGAGUUCAAGUUCUGGCUCUGCAAUCUAUCUUACCCCUGGUUCUAAGGGCCUAAGCUUUCUAGAGCACCAAGUCAGGAUAAGAGUCCACAAAUCCUGUAUUCCCAGUAUUAGUCACCAUGGAGUUGCUUUAUCAGAUUGAGUUGGGGUGAGGUUGUUUCUGGUGAAGAGAGGGUACAAAAAUUGAGACAUACAGAGAUGACAGGAAUAGCUGGAUUUUUCUUGUUGUGUCUCCUUUAAGAAAACAUCCUACUGAGACCCCUCGGAAAAGAGACAAAGGGAGAAGAGAAGAAGGAAAAGUUGGGGGAGGGAGCACCUGUCUCAGGCCUGCCACCUACCUGGGGGCCCUCUGGCUACCAGUGUCCCAGGAGGGUCCUCUAUUCUACUUCUCCCACCAAGGUGCUCUGGCGCCCCAGGACCAUGGAUGCUCUCAAUAGGAACCAGGUAGGCCCUGGACGCAAGACCCCGGCCAUGGUGCAGAAAGGACCCUUGGACCUGAUCGAGACAGGCAAAGGACUGAAAGUGCAGACAGACAAACCCCAUCUGGUGAGCCUGGGCAGUGGGCGCCUCAGCACAGCCAUCACCCUCCUGCCGCUGGAAGAAGGGAGGACUGUGAUUGGCUCUGCGGCCAGGGACAUCUCACUCCAGGGCCCAGGUCUGGCUCCAGAGCACUGCUACAUUGAGAACCUGCGGGGCACGCUCACCCUUUACCCUUGUGGCAAUGCCUGCACCAUUGAUGGGCUCCCUGUCCGGCAGCCCACCCGGCUCACUCAGGGCUGUAUGUUGUGCCUGGGUCAGUCCACCUUCCUCCGCUUUAACCACCCGGCUGAAGCCAAGUGGAUGAAGAGCAUGAUGCCGGCAGGGGGCCGGGCCCCUGGGCCCCCCUACACCCCUGGCCCUGCUGAAUCUGAAAGCCUGGUGAAUGGAAACCACACCCCACAGCCUGCCACCCGGGGACCCUCCACCUGUACCAGCCACAGUUCUCUGGUAAGCUCUAUUGAGAAGGACCUGCAGGAAAUCAUGGACUCACUGGUGCUAGAGGAGCCUGGAGCUGCUGGCAAGAAGCCUGCUGCAACCUCUCCACUGUCGCCGAUGGCUAACGGUGGGCGCUACCUGCUGUCCCCUCCAACCAGCCCUGGCGCCAUGUCUGUGGGCUCCAGCUAUGAGAACACCUCGCCAGCUUUCUCUCCACUCUCUUCACCAGCCAGCAGUGGAAGCUGUGCCAGCCACUCGCCCAGCGGGCAGGAGCCAGGACCUUCUAUGCCUCCGCUGGUUCCUGCCCGCUCCUCCAGCUACCAUCUGGCCCUACAGCCACCACAGCCCCGCCCAAGCGGUGCCUGCUCCUCUGAGAGCCCCCUGCUGAGCAGGAAAGGAGGGCACGAGCGGCCUCCCAGCCCUGGCCUCCGGGGUCUACUGACAGACAGCCCCGCAGCUACCGUCUUGGCAGAGGCCCGCAGAGCCACUGAGAGUCCCCGGCUGGGUGGGCAGCUGCCCAUGGUGGCUAUCAGCCUGAGUGAAUACCCCACUUCCGGUGCCCGCAACCAAUCCACCAGCAUUCCGGGCAGCCCCAAGUUCCAGCCUCCGGUCCCUGCACCCCGCAAUAAGAUUGGCACACUCCAGGACCGCCCGCCCAGCCCUUUCCGCGAGCCACCCGUCAUCGAGCGGGUGUUGACGACCAGCCCCUCGCGCCAACUGGUGGGCCGAACACUUUCAGAUGGGUCAGCCACCCGCACCCUGCAGCCUCCUGAGAGUCCCCAUUUAGGUCGACGAGGCCUGGACAGUAUGCGGGAACUGCCCCCGCUGAGCCCGUCUCUGUCCCGACGGGCUCUCUCCCCCAUGCCUGCCCGGACCACCCCGGAUCUCAAGCUAACCAGGGAAGUGGCAGAGAGUCCCCGGCCCCGGCGCUGGGCAGCCCACGGGACGUCACCAGAGGACUUUUCCCUGACGCUGGGUGCGCGGGGCCGUAGGACACGGAGCCCCUCGCCCACACUGGGGGAGUCCCUGGCACCCCGCAAGGGCAGCUUCAGUGGCAGGCUGAGCCCAGCCUAUAGUCUGGGCUCACUGACUGGGGCUUCGCCUCGCCAGAGCCCCCGUGCCCAGAGGAAGCUCUCCAGUGGGGACUUACGGGUGCCUGUGACCCGGGAGCGGAAAAACAGCAUCACGGAGAUCAGCGACAACGAGGAUGACCUCCUGGAGUACCACCGGCGGCAGCGCCAGGAGCGGCUCAGGGAGCAGGAGAUGGAGAGGCUGGAACGCCAGCGUUUGGAGACCAUCCUGAACCUGUGUGCUGAGUACAGUCGGGCCGACGGGGGCCCUGAGGCUGGGGAGCUGCCCAGCAUUGGGGAGGCCACCGCAGCACUGGCACUGGCUGGCCGGAGGCCCUCAAGGGGCCUUGCAGGGGCCAUGGGGGCUCCUCCACGGAGCAGCGAGGAGCCUGGAGGUGCCACCCAACGUCUGUGGGAGAGCGUGGAACGCUCCGAUGAGGAAAAUCUCAAGGAGGAGUGCAGCAGCACCGAGAGCACCCAGCAGGAGCAUGAAGAUGCACCCAGCACCAAGCUCCAGGGAGAGGUGCUGGCCCUGGAAGAGGAGCGGGCUCGGGUAUUGGGGCGAGUGGAGCAGCUCAAGGUCCGUGUGAAGGAGCUGGAGCAGCAGCUGCAGGAGUCUGCCCGGGAGGCCGAAAUGGAGCGGGCACUGCUUCAGGGGGAGAGGGAGGCUGAGCGGGCGCUACUGCAGAAGGAGCAGAAGACAGUGGACCAGCUGCAGGAGAAGCUGGCAGCCCUGGAGACAGGCAUCCAAAAGGAGAGGGACAAGGAGAGGGCGGAGCUGGCCGCGGGACGGAGGCACCUGGAGGCCCGCCAGGCGCUCUACGCCGAGCUCCAGACGCAGCUCGAUAACUGCCCCGAGUCAGUGCGGGAACAGUUACAGGAGCAGCUGAGAAGGGAGGCAGAGGCGCUGGAGACCGAGACAAAGCUCUUCGAGGACUUGGAGUUCCAGCAGCUGGAGCGGGAGAGCCGCGUGGAGGAGGAGCGGGAGCUGGCCGGCCAGGGGCUGCUCCGGAGCAGGGCCGAGCUGCACCGCAGCAUCGCCAAGCGGAAGGAGCGCCUGGCAGUCCUGGACAGUCAGGCUGGGCAGAUCCGAGCCCAGGCUGUGCAAGACUCAGAGCGCCUGGCCCGGGACAAGAACGCUGCCCUGCAGCUGCUACAGAAGGAGAAGGAGAAACUGGCUACGGUGGAAAGACGAUACCACUCCCUCACAGGGGGAAGGCCUUUCCCGAAGACCACCUCUACCCUCAAAGAGUCAUUACCACAGACCAAACGCUGGGGCUCAGAGAGGACAGGAGAUCUCCUCAAGGCCACAUGGCUGGGAAGUAGCAGAGCCUCUGCUGAAAGCCAGGUUUACCGCUCCAAGAUGGAUGGUGAGGCCACCAGCCCCCUGCCCCGGACCCGAAGCGGGCCCCUCCCCUCCUCUUCUGGCUCCUCCUCUUCCUCCUCCCAACUCAGUGUGGCUACCCUGGGCCGUAGCCCAUCCCCAAAGAGUUCGCUACUCACCCAGAAUGGCACCGGCAGCCUUCCUCGCAACCUGGCAGCCACACUGCAGGACAUCGAGACCAAGCGCCAGCUAGUUCUGCAGCAGAAGGGGCAGCAGGUGAUUGAGGAGCAGCGGCGCCGACUGGCUGAGCUGAAGCAGAAGGCGGCGGCUGAGGCGCAGUGCCAGUGGGAUGCCCUGCAUGGGGCAGGCCCCUUCCCACCGGGCCCCUCAGGCUUCCCCCCACUCAUGCACCACUCCAUCCUGCACCACCUGCCAGCUGGACGGGAGCGUGGAGACGACGGGGAGCAUGCCUACGAUACGCUGAGCCUGGAGAGCUCAGACAGCAUGGAGACCAGCAUCUCCACCGGGGCCAACUCGGCCUGCUCCCCUGACAACAUGUCCAGCGCGAGUGGCCUGGAUGUGGGGAAGAUUGAGGAGAUGGAGAAGAUGCUGAAGGAGGCUCAGGCAGAGAAGAGCCGGCUCAUGGAGUCAAGGGAGCGGGAGAUGGAGCUGCGGAGGCAGGCCCUGGAGGAGGAGCGGCACAGGCGUGAGCAGGUGGAGCGGAGGCUGCAGAGCGAGAGUGCCCGGAGGCAGCAGCUGGUGGAGAAAGAGGUCAAGAUGCGGGAGAAACAGUUCUCCCAGGCACGGCCCCUCACCCGCUACCUGCCGAUUCGGAAGGAAGACUUUGACCUGAAGACACACAUUGAGUCAUCAGGCCAUGGUGUCGAUACCUGCCUGCACGUGGUGCUCAGCAGCAAGGUCUGCCGUGGCUACUUGGUCAAGAUGGGCGGCAAGAUUAAGUCAUGGAAGAAACGCUGGUUUGUCUUCGACCGGAUCAAGCGCACGCUUUCCUAUUAUGUGGACAAGCACGAGACGAAACUGAAGGGGGUCAUUUACUUCCAGGCCAUUGAGGAGGUGUACUAUGACCACCUUCGAAGUGCAGCCAAGAGUCCAAACCCAGCCCUCACCUUCUGCGUGAAGACCCAUGACCGGCUGUACUACAUGGUGGCCCCAUCUGCAGAGGCUAUGCGCAUAUGGAUGGAUGUCAUCGUCACUGGGGCUGAGGGCUACACUCAGUUCAUGAACUGACCACCAUGGGCCUCCUUGGACCUUCAGGCCAGCCCCAGGACCCAUGUGCAGCCACCUGCUGCUCCUCCUGCCCUGCACACAGCCACCCCAGGCCCCAGGCCUGAACGGGGAGAGUGGGGCCAGAGGUAUAUUCUGUGAGGAGCUCAGUUUGGAGUUUCUGGGCUCCAGCCCCUCAAGAACCAGCCAGGAGAUGAAAGGUGGGGAGGGGGCUUUGCUGCCUCCUGGGAGCCUGGAAGCUGCAACAACUCUUCAGAGCCUGGCCAGCGCUGAGGGCCGUGGAGCUGCCACAGAGAGGGCCCCCCACUCUGAACUGGCACCUGCUCCCCUGGCCUACUUUCUUUUGUAAAGGACAAAUUAUGGUACCAGAAUCUGCCAAAGAUCCCCUCUUCCUCAGCUCCCUGUGCAGGGCCCUUGGGAGCUGACAGAGCCACAUCAAGCAUGGGGUAACAGCUCAGGUGGCGUAGUUCUCAGCCCCACUUCACCCCAUCAUUCUCCCACUUUUUUUUUUUUUUUUUUUUGCUCAAGGGCCAGAAAAAAUGGUGAGUCACCCUUGAGGUCCCAGCCCCAUCCCCUGUUGCAGACCCAUUGCCAUGGUCCCCAUAGUGACUGGUUCAUCUCCAUGGUUAUACUUGUUGCUGUGGUGCCAUGGCUCAGCACCCACUUCAACCUGUGGGCCCCAUUGAAGGGUACGUGCCACCAUGUCUCCAGCCCAGACCCCUGGGCACCUUCCACCUGCCCCUGCCUGUGUCUCCAGGCCCUGACGCACAGCCUGCCGGCACCAGGCAGCCGUCUCCCUUCCACUCGUGCCUUGCUUUGAGCCAGAAGGUAUGAAGCCGGGAGAGAGAGCGCCCAGAGGAGGGGUGAUGCAGAUGGGAGAGGAAGCUGGAAGCCCUCCUUGGUUCUGCACAGGGUUCAGUUUCUGACAGGGAAAGAGGGCUGCUCAGUGGCUCCCUGAGGGGAAGCCUGAGCAGGAGAAGAAGCAGAGACGAAGGGCCUGAGCUCUGGCCUGGCCUGCCCUCCCCUCAGCCCAGGAAGGGUGAUGGAAAGGCAGAGCUAGCGAGCAAGCAGCCCUUUGCGCCUUAACACUAAUCCCACGUCCCACCCCCUCCCCAGCACCUGGGCCUAUGGUUGCCUGGGCUCGGGCUGGGAGUUUUUCAGUAUUUGUAAGCAUUUCAGCAGAACAAUAAAGCAUUUGAGUAUGUAA